GGAACUCGUUGAUCGCAGGUGAAAGAGAGGGAGAGCCGAUGCACUGCGAAGUUAGCGGCUGUUAAUGCUGGACAUUUACUCACAUUUAUAGUUCUUCAUCUUCAAUUAACAUGAGCUCCAUCGGGACUGGGUAUGAUUUAUCCGCCUCCACCUUCUCGCCUGAUGGAAGGGUAUUUCAGGUUGAAUAUGCCAUUAAGGCAGUAGAAAACAGCAGUACAGCAAUUGGAAUCCGCUGCAAAGAUGGAGUCGUGUUUGGUGUGGAGAAGUUGGUGCUGUCUAAAUUGUAUGAAGAGGGAUCCAAUAAGCGCAUCUUCAAUAUUGAUCGACAUGUUGGAAUGGCCGUGGCUGGUCUUCUAGCAGAUGCUCGGUCGCUCUCAGAUGUGGCCAGAGAAGAAGCAUCAAACUUUCGCUCAAAUUAUGGCCAUGACAUCCCUCUAAAGCACCUUGCAGACAGAGUGGCUAUGUAUGUCCAUGCAUACACGUUAUACAGCGCUGUGAGGCCUUUUGGAUGCAGUUUCAUUCUUGGGUCUUACGAUGAAGAUGACGGUCCUCAGCUCUACAUGGUCGACCCCUCUGGGAUUUCAUAUGGUUACUGGGGCUGUGCUAUUGGGAAAGCCAAGCAAGCUGCUAAGACAGAAAUCGAGAAACUACAGAUGAAAGAUAUGACUUGCAGAGAACUGGUGAAGGAGGUGGCAAAAAUUAUCUAUAUCGUUCAUGAUGAGGUGAAAGACAAAGCUUUCAAGCUGGAGCUCAGCUGGGUUGGAGAAGUCACAAAAGGAAGGCAUGAGCUUGUCCCUAAAGACAUCAAAGAGGAAGCUGAGAAAUAUGCUAAAGAAUCCCUGGAAGAGGAGGAUGAUUCUGAUGAAGACAACAUGUAAACAUCUUCCUCACUCCCUGUGUACCAUGUUUCACGCGUCCUGGCAACUUUCGGCUCUACUUCACACAGAUAAAAUACGUUUUUUAAUGCUUUGUAAUGGACUAAUGUUGUCCUACAUUUUCCUUUUUGUGGGUUUCAAACUUCAAAAUAAAUACGAUUUAUAAAAUUGAACGAAGUUCUGAUUCAUACUCCCAAAUUAUCAUAAUUACAUUAAUUAGCUGGGCAGCAAGGUUGUGUACCGAAUCCACCUUGUUUCUAAGAAAAUCUGUGUGCAUCACUAAACUGUUUAUGCAUGUCUUGUUUAUUAUUAAUGCAUGAUGUAUAUUAUUAGGAUGGCCACCAGGCAAUGAAUAUACUCUGUAUUUGGGUGUAGUAGAUAAACAGUAUUUCAGCAAUAAACUGCAAGGACUUGAACCUUUAAAUAAGGGUUAGCUUAGUUGUGCCAGUCACUAAUGUAAGGAACCACAAAGCAACUGUUUAUUAAUGCAAAACCUGAUGGCAUAAUAUUCUGACAUCGUGUAACCCAGGUUUACAUGCAUUUUAUGGUAUUUCAAAACGUGCUACAUUGGUGUUGAAGGAAUAGUUCCUUCAAAAAUGUACAUUUUCAUCA